GCUGGCCAGCUAAGCUAUGUGGACCCAGCUACGGGCUAUGUAGUGCUCACAAGACUGGCCCACUUGCAGAGAGGUGCCUGCUGUGGUUCUGCCUGCAGACAUUGUCCAUAUGGCCAAGUCAAUGUGAAAGAUCCAUCUAAAAAGAAGCAAUUCAACUCCUACUUUUAUGUUUGACAACAACUUUACCUCUGUUCUGUCAAGUUGAAUUAAUGUUUUUGAAAAUAAAGCCCUAACCUAGAAUUCUUA